CACUUUACUCCCUGGUUAAAAAUCGUUUCAACUUUUCAGAAGGGGAGAAAUCACGCCGCUAAUUCGCCUCCACCGGCUGCCGUUGAUCAUCAACUCGACAUCUCACACCCGAUCGUCUUCGCCCUCUGCUUGUGUCAUUUGAAUCUGAAACUAGAACAUUCCCUAAAGAGUAGAAAAAGCAUGAUGGUGAACAACUUUUAAAGAGAAAAGGUACAGGCAAAGACAAAGAUGAACCCUAUAAUUCUGGUCAAAUCCACAAGAUAGGUUUUGCCUUAUAUAUGAAUGUGAGUUAAUAUCAAGGUAAAUAAUGGAUCCUAGGCAUGGUAAAAUGAGAAUGAAUGUAGAAGGUGAUAGAUUAAGUAGCUUGCCAGAUGAUCUUAUCCAUAAAAUUCUCGCUUUUCUCCCCAUCAAAGAUGCUAUUGAAACUAGUGUUUUGUCAUCGAGAUGGAGGUUUAUUUGGACUUCAAUGCCCUAUCUCAAUUUGUCAAGUGAGGAUUUCUAUACAUUGCCAAAGUUCUCCAAAUUUGUUACCCAUGUUUUGUCUCGCCGUAACAAUUUAACAGAAGUGUAUUCGUUGAAGCUCACUUUUCGUGGAAAGGCGAGCCAGGUGUUUGUCAAGAGAAUUCUGAAUUAUGCAUUCUCUCACAAUGUCCAACAACUAAAUGUGGUAUGGUUGGAUGUGAAUAGUAAUAUGACGUUUCCUCUAUCUCUCUUUAGUUCUAAGUCUCUCAACAGUUUGACAAUGCAAAUUGUCAAACGAAAUCAUUUAAUGGAAACAUGUUUGACGUCAAUUUCGGAGCUCCCAACAUUAACAACAUUGGAUCUUCAUUCAGUCACUUUGUGUGAUGACGAAGAUGACAAAUGCAGUGGUAUUUUCUCAAAAUGUGCAAACUUGAAGAAUCUCACAUUAAGGGAUUUUGCAACGGAAUCGGAUGGUUUGAGUAUCUUUCAUCCUCGUCUGGCUAAUCUCACACUUGAAAAUGACAACUUUGUGAAGGUGGUUAAUGUGGUUGCACCUCAACUUGAGAAUCUCACUAUCAGAUAUUGUUAUGCGGAGCAUGUGAUUUCUUCACCUCACCUUGCCUCCUUUCUCUAUGAAGGUUAUCAUCCUUUGAAUCUAUCUACUGAUGGUUUCCAUUCUUUGGAGAAGGCGGAUGUAGGUAUUUCCUGUUUACAAGGAACAAAUGCUCAUCCAAUCGUUUGUCUGCUUCAGCAUCUUCGAAGUGCCAAGUUCCUUACUCUUAACCUGGAAACUGUUGAGACUCUUUCUUCAUCCUUGGAUCUAAACCUACAUCAACCUUCUCCGUUUGUGAACUUAAAGAGCUUAAAGAUUUACCCACUAACAACAUACUCGUGGAAUCCAGCAUCCAAGAAAGUAGCUAUAUCUACCGAACUCAAAAGCUAUUUGCUAGAUGGUUCCCCUGGGGCCACCUUCACAAUGGUCUUACGUGAGGAGAUUGAAGCACGUAAGCUUAUAGCCAAAUUAGGGGUGCUUUUAGAAAAAGAGAAGGAUAAUACCAAGACCAGCAGUGCUUGCGUGGAGCGAGGGGAAGCACCAGUCGAAAGCCAUAAACCAAAGACGGAAAAGAAAUUGAAAAUUGGGGGGAACGUUGCGCAGAUCAAGGGCUAUUGGGAAGAUCUUGGUGUUCAGAUUGAGCAAAGGAAUAAAACGGCGUGUCUCUUUCUUUCAAAAUUGCAACGCAUUGAACGACUGCUAACAAUGUUGCCUGCAUCAAACAAGGCUAAGAUUCAACCAUGUUUUUCUACACUGUGUGCAGAGGUUGACAAUGUCAUUAGUAAAAUAACAGAUUCUAUGAAGGUCCAAUGCGAUGAAAAUCAAAGUCGUUCGAGUGUCUGCUUUCGUAAAAUUGCUACAACAUUGGGAUCGUCAUCUUAGCAAAUUGUAAGUUCUUGGUUUUCAUUAUACUCGUAAGUGAUGAUUAUUAUCAAAAUGGCAACUGUUGGUGCCGCAUUGUUCUUUUUUGUUCUACUUUCAGGUUCCAAGUUUUUUGUUAUUAGCGACUUGUUACACGAAUGUAGUAGCCAACUACCUGCUUGCGCAAAUUGGAAUGGUAAAUUUUUGAGCUUCUAGCACCUACCAACUCAGUUGAUUCAAGGAUAAGCAUUUUUGUUGCUUUAGCGCAUAAUUAAGAUGAUCAAGUGACUUGGUUUAUAAUUACGUUGUAUGCUUCCCUAGUGGAUUAUGAAUGGGAUUGGAAAACAUCUUCUUUGUACCUGCUAA